CCGCCUGGGUCCCAGUCCCGGUCCCAGCUCCCGGCAGCCCAGGCAGCGAUCCCAGCCGCAAGAACUUUGUUCUUUUUGUCCCGCCCCCUGCGCUGUACCGCCUUCGCCGCCUUCCGGCCCGAGUUUCGGAGAAUCAACAUGACGCUGCAGGCCAGGGUUUUCUUUGCUCUGGGGUCGCGGCUGCCCUGUGGCCUCGCUCCUCGGCGGUUUUUCAGUUAUGGGACAAAAAUUUAUUCAACAAACACUGAAGCUUUGCAGUCUAAAUUCUUUCCACCCCUUCAAAAAGCGACACCACCUGAUAGUUUUCAAGGAAAAGUGGCAUUCAUUACUGGGGGAGUACUGGCUUGGGAAAGGAUGACGGCUCUUCUGUCCAGCCUAGGUACUCAGUGCGUGAUAGCCAGCCGGAAGAUGGAUGUUUUGAAAGCUACCGCAGAACAAAUUUCUUCUCAAACUGGAAAUAAGGUUCAUGCAAUUCAGUGUGAUGUGAGGGAUCCUGAUAUGGUUCAAAACACUGUGUCAGAACUGAUCAAAGUUGCAGGACAUCCUAAUAUUGUGAUAAACAAUGCAGCAGGGAAUUUUAUUUCUCCUACUGAAAGACUUUCUCCUAACGCUUGGAAAACCAUAACUGACAUAGUUCUAAAUGGCACAGCCUUUGUGACACUAGAAAUUGGAAAACAACUAAUUAAAGCACAGAAAGGUAUGUUUAUUUGCUUUUCUCGUAUUUAUUUGACUCUUAUGUGUGCAAGGUUCUGUGCUAAGCUCUGUAGCACGUGUACCUUAUUUUGGUGUUUUUUUGAAGAUAAGGUAAAAGUCUCAGUUAUUACUGUUUUUAACAUAUGGUAUAAUAUCUCAGAAUGUAUGUUGUUGAUUUUAAUUUUUAGGUCUCUUGCAGCUGAAUGGGGUAAAUAUGGAAUGCGAUUCAAUGUGAUUCAGCCAGGGCCUAUAAAAACCAAAGGUGCCUUUAGCCGUCUUGACCCAACUGGAACAUUUGAGAAAGAAAUGAUUGACAGAAUUCCCUGUGGUCGCCUGGGGACUAUAGAAGAACUCGCAAAUCUUGCUGCUUUCCUUUGUAGUGAUUAUGCUUCUUGGAUUAAUGGAGCGGUCGUUAAAUUUGAUGGUGGAGAGGAAGUACUUAUUUCAGGAGAAUUCAAUAACCUGAGAAAGGUCACCAAGGAGCAGUGGGACACCAUAGAAGGACUCAUCAGGAAGACAAAAGGUUCCUAAGACCACUUUGGCCUUCAUCUUGGUUACAAAAAAAUGAAUAAAUGACCUCUCAUGUUUGCACGUAUUUCAGGUCCUAAUAAAAUUGUUAGAUUAACAAAA